AUGAAGCAAGCUCUGCUGCUGUCAGGAGAGGAGAACAAGACAGGAGCGGGAGGAGGAGCAGAGGAGUCGGUGUACCUGACGGAGAUGCGCGAGAGAGAAGCAGCUGACGCCCCCUGCUCUCCUCUUCCUCUUCUCUUCCCCACGUCUACUGUCGUGGAGGACGUGGAGGGAGAGGACGAGAGCGGGGAAGGUGGUCGGGUGCUAUCGCGGGUCUAUCUGCUGGACAGGGAGGACGGGGAAGGGACGAUGAUAGUGAAGCAGACGAGUGACAGAAGCUCCUUGCGUGAAGCCUUCGUCCUGCGUGAACUGAUGUUCGCCUCUCCGCGAGACCAAAGCGGAGUUCCUCUUCCCUUCCCCAUAGUGUUCGGCGACAAGCAGGCAGCUGGCUGGAGCGCCUGCGCACUCCAGAACUUCGAGGGAAGGACGCUGCUGCAGGCCAUCGAAGAAGACCCGGAGCUGUUCAAAGAGGACGGCAUGGCGUUCGACGUGAUCGACAAGCUGCUGGUGGGGCUGGGUCAGCUGCAGGCAGCGGGAGUGACUCACCGGAGGCUGACGGGAGAGAACGUGAUGCUGGUGGCUGGUGAUGUGCCGGCCAUCGUCAACUUCGACAUGGCGGUGGCGCGAGGAAUGCCGUUCGAAGCUCCUCCUCUCCCUCCCUCCCUGCAGCAGAUGUAUGCUGGAGUUGAUGGUGAGGACCUUCCUCAAGAGAGCGAUGUCUUCGCGCUGGCCUUGACGUUGGAGCAGACGAUGCCACCGAUGCGCACAACAUUUGCUCCUGUGCUGGAGGUGAUGAAGAAGAAGUGGCGCCCUGAGAGGAUAACCCACAUCCAGUCCCUCAGACUUCUACUUGGCUCCUUUAUCGAGAACAGGACCGACCUGGUAGAGUUCAGGGGAGACUACGAGCAGCAGGCGCGGCAGUUCCCGGGCAACGGAGUUCCUCCCAACAACCUCGGUUCCGUCUACUUCGACAGUCAGAUGCUCAAGGACGCCCUCGCGCUCUUCCUCGCGGCGGUUCCCCUCACCCUGCCCUUCAAGUCGGGGGCCAAGAGCAACAUAGCGGCGGUGAGGAAGAUGAUGUGUCACUGGGACCACUACGAGGAGGACGCGCGGCAUGUCAUCGACACCAUCAACGAGGGAGGGGAGGAGGUUCACAGCAUCCGCAACCUCUACGCCCUCGCCCUCAACCUCUCCAUGCACCAGCACGUCGCAAUCUCCUCCGCCGGGGCCCAUCACUCCUACAAGCGCGGGCUGAAGGAGUGGAGGCUCCUCCGCCCCUCCCUCUCCCUCCCCUCCUCCCGCCCUCACAUGGUCCUCGCCUACGUCAGCUCCGACCUCCUCACCGGCCAUGCCGUCGCAGGCAGCAUGAGGAGAGUGAUGGAGCUACACGACCAUCGCCGAUUCCAGGUCCUGCUGGUGGUGCUGCUGGUGCUGGUGGUGCUGGUGGUGGUGGUGGUGCUGGUGGUCCUGCUGGUGCUGCUGGUGCUGCUGGUGUGGGUCUACGGGGUCAAAGUCGAUCAGGCGGCUGCUGCUCUCGCUGACCCGCGACGGGCUGGUCUCGGACCCGCUCAGUUCGUUGACGCGUCACGAGCAGAGCAGAGCGAGCUCGCGCAAUGGAUCAACGACGCGGGCCCUCUCCUCUGCAACUGGAACCAGCACUUCAAGCUCGACCCUGAAUUCUUCGCUGUCUGGGUGCGCAUCCUCAUGCAGGUGCCUAAUAGCACGCUCGUUAUGCUCAAGUACCCCGAGGAGUCUGAACCUCACCUCCGUUAUGCUGCAAGAAAACAGCAGCUGGGGCUGACGGGGGAGCGGCUCAUCUUUCUGCCGAAAGCUUCUCUGACGGAGCAUCUGAUGCGCACGAGCUUCUGCGACCUCUUCCUCGACAACAGAGAGUACAACAGUGGCACGACCUGCACGGACUCCCUCUGGGCUGGCGUCCCGACCAUCAGCAUGCCAAGGAUGAAGCAUGCGGCGGUGGGAGGAAACGCGCAGCUCCUGCAAGCUCGCAACUUAGAAGAGUACGAGAGCAUGUCUGUGCUGCUCCUGCGAAAGGUGCGAUGGUGGGAGCGAGUGCAUGAAGCCAUUGUUUCGUCACGCAAUGUCUCCGUCCUCUGGGAUCCCUCGGUGUGGGUCAGAGACGUUGAGCGCGCGCUCAUGGUGGCAUGGGAAUGGCAUGUCGCCGCUGUGGAGGAAGACCCGGAGCCCUCGUCCUCAGAGGACGCGCCUCCUUCCCUUGACUCCGCUCCUCUCGUCCCGCAGCCCCCGAGCUACCGCACGGACAAGUCGAUCCGGAGAUCCGAGCUGAGGUUGGAGCAGGUGGUGCGAGUCGCAGCACAAGAGCAUGGGCGGGGGCCUUGGAAGUGUCAGCGCCACUACGGGCAUGUGGUGGUCGCCAACGUGGGAGGAGAGGAGCAGGCAGGGAGUGCGAGGAAGCAGGUUAAGGCGCAGGUCUCGCCCAGGGAUGCCGCAGGACAGGCAAGUCACUCUCCAGCCCUGUCGAGACGGGAAGAAGCGAGCAAGGGACAGGGGAAGGGAGGGAAGCAAACGACAACAAGAGGAGCUGAGAUGAAGGCAGAGGAGGUGGAGCGAGCGACAGCAUGGAUGCCUUUCAGUUGA